ACUAAGCAAAACAGAGCCCCAGGGGUGAAGCCUGCAGAAGCAAGCUGGAUUGACGCCUACAAGCCACUUUUGAAAGAAACUUAUGGUUCUCCAGCCAGCGGCCGCCUCUCUCAUUGGCCUGCCAUACUUUCGGGCCCCGAAAUUGCCAUUCCCUCCCGCCUUUAAUUAGGUAGGUGUCUAGUGCCACUUUUCCACACCGCACAAUUGCCAGCCAGGCAGGUUUCGAGCGGCAGAAUAUUUGCAUGCCACCUUCAACCCCACUGACCGCUUUCUCAUUCUGCGGAUUUUUCCCCCAAGAACUUGAAGGUAGAUAUCAUCAUGUCGGCUACCACAGCAGCAGCCACCGCGUCUACGGCUAAGCCCCUGGGGAUGAGGGUGAAUGGCAAGCAGUGGCAUGAACCGAAGAAGGCUUUUCGGCCAGCAUCUGGCCUAACCUCUUAUGAGAAACGUGCAAAGGAAAGGAUAGCUCAGGCUGCCACGAAGGCCAAGGAAAAGCAAAUGAAAGAGGAGAAGGAGACCGAGAGACAGGCACGCAUCAAAUCAAUCAAAGAGAAGCGCAUUGCCAAGGAGGAGAAGGAGAGAUACGAGAAGCUGGCCGAGAAGAUGCACAAGAAGAGGGUUGAGAGGCUCAAGAGAAAGGAGAAGAGGAAUAAGCUGCUCAACUCGUGAGGCGCAAACGUGGACAAGUUCGACUCCACUGGUGUUCAUUGCAGCCGGGCAAGGGAUUAUGAUGGGGUGUCCCUAUUACUGCCAUUGGAGGAGCAUGGCUGUUGCGGCGCUGUCCUCUCUUCAGCAACCUGCAUUUCUGGUCCCUCGAGGGCUGCAACAGACCAGCUGAAAC